AUGGAGUACGCCCCAUUUCUUCGGGGUGAAGAAGAUGAGAUUCCUUGGGAUGAUGUUGUGCCACCAACCGAGGACGACAUCUUCGGGACCCAGCCUUCUUUGGCACAAGAUCAGCAUCCGGAAGGACAGGGUGAGUUGCCAGCUGCAGGUGGUCGUGGAAGCAGUUACACCAUCCAGGAGGACCUUCAUCUUGUGAAGUCGUGGCUAAAUGUGAGUAUGGAUCCAGUGGUGGGGAGCAACCAGAGUAUGGGGGCUUUCUGGCAGAGGAUCGAGUCCUUUUUCCACGAGCACAAGGACUUCCAUAGCACUCGGAACAAGAAGUCUCUUCAGGGUAGGUGGACCUUCGUCAACGGCAUGGUGCAGCGAUUCUGCGGCCACUAUGCUAAGGCCCUCCGUAACAGGAGGAGUGGGAUGACGGAGGCAGACACGAUUGCGGCUGCAUGUCAGAUGUUCCAAGCAGUUGAGAAGAGGGAGUUCACGUUGAUGCCUUGCUGGGUUGAGUUACGUCACCAUUCGAAAUGGCAAAUGGAGUCGUCUUGCAAGAAGUAG